CGCAAGAAAACUCCGGCUCCGGCAUCCCGAAAAAGAGGGGAUUGAUCGAUAUAGAACGUACGACGAGAGUGCAAAGAAUUGAUUUUCCUUAGCAGCGAGCCAGCGUGAUUGUAUGUGUGUGUGUGUCGGUACGCUAGUGGUGCAUCGGCGGUGCAGUCACCCUCGUUAGCCGGCUGCAAACGGUGGCAUUCGACACAUUAGAAUAACCCUCCCCUUCAUCUCCCCCCACACACACACACACGCACACAGCCACUGCAGCUGCAAUCAUCAAACUACACUUCAUUGUGCAUGAAAUAUAGGGCAUCACCAGGGGUGGGGGGAUAGCAUUUCCACCAAAUUUCCUACACGACAGCUGCAAACGGGGGGCGAACGUAUCUCACCCGGCAAACGAAUCUGAACUUUCCCGAGCCCGAAACGUCCUAACUAAAAACGGCAAACUGACCGGAAGCAGGGUUGGAAACAUGCUGCUCACGUUCCAAGACCGGUUGCGUAUACCGUGGCGCGGUGGCGCAAAGCAGAUUACGCUCGACAAUGUGGUGACGCUGGCGAUACUGAUCGGAACGCUGCUGCUGACCGCGGUACACUUCUAUCUUUGCCUUGUCAUCAUGCUUCUGCUUCCCCUGGUAUUGCUGUACCUGAAGCGGCUCUUCGGAACGAUCCAUCCCAAGACAAAGUUUUUCACGAUUUGGUUUUUCGGUAGCUGCGUGUAUCUGGUCGCACUGUUCGAGCUGGCCGUUCCGUUGUUGGAAAUUUUGCCCCAAGAAAACGUUGGCUUCGUCGUGCUGAUGACGCUCGCUUUUCUCUGUUUGCUGAAGGCGAAGCAGCGGGCCGUGCUGAACCAUCUCUCUGCCCUGCCGGCGGACAUGAACGGUGUAGAAAGCGGCAAGGGAAGCAAGGAACAUAUUGUGCUGUUCUCCGACCGCGACGAUUCGGACGAUGGGGCGACCGAUUCGGACAGUGGGCGGUUGGCGUGCCAGCUCUGCCGCAAGUACGUGCCACCGAGAACGUACCACUGCAAGGUUUGCUCGAGCUGUGUGCUGCGGCAGGAUCAUCACAACGUGUGGCUGAACUGCUGCAUCGGCAAAUCGAACCAUCGGCUGUAUCUGGCGGGCUGCCUCUUUACGCUGCUGGCGUUGCUGGUGUUUGCCAAUCUGGCGCUGACGGCGGUGUGUCAUCCGACGCCAAUCUUUACGCUGUACGGGAUCAUCGUGAUGAUGCCGGACGACUGUACCGAUAUCUUUUUCCAGUAUGACAUUGCACUGUGCUUUACGGGUUCGGUGUACGCGCUAAUAAUGGCAUCGUUUAUUGCUAUCGCUGUAGUGAAACAGAUCUGCUUCAUCUCAUUCGGCCUCUCGUUCAGCGAAUGGCGUCGCAGGGAGCACGUGAAGCGACGGAAUUGUCUGUGGAAUUGGAAAGCGUUCUGCUUCGGCCAGUAAAACUCAACCAGAGGCGCAAAGCACAGUCUACCAGAUUUGGGCGCAGGUGCAGUGUGUCUGACUGCAAAACUUCCGUUUGAGUUUUUUUUUCAUCAUAUCCUCUCCCGCGCACAUUCGAGUGUGUGUGUGAACUAUUUUUAGCCAAAGGAAACCAAACUUGUUCGUGAGUUGUUCUUAUCGAUAGUAUGUCGGUAGUAGUAGAGAGAGAAAGAGAGUUGUGGUAGAGAGGGGAUAGAACUCCCAAUUCCAUAAGGAUUUGUUUCCCAAUUGUUUUUGUUUUUGGUUUGCACACAGCCAGCGUACUUGUGGGUGUUGUAGGGUGGAGUUAAUCUCACGUUAUUUAAUUAAUGUAAGCAUAUUUGCUACUGAUAACCACUCACCAUUAUUGCCACUGCUCCCACAAGUGAUUAGAAGGCGGUAGCAAGAGCCGCCGAAAGAGGUGUUUCGUUAGAAAAGCCAUUUUAUUACCACCUUAUGAGGCCACAACACGCGCGGAGAAGUAGUGAAGCUUCUAUCCGCACAUUCUUUUCCCCUCUUCUUGUUGCAAGUUCGAACCUAGCCUUAGAACCAGUAGUAGGAACUAGUGAUGGGUAAAGUUGACAAAAAUCCGGAGCCGACUCCGGAAGGUAGGUCCGCCCAGCAUUACCCGGAGCCGGUUGGAAUCAUCCCGGAGCAGCUCGGAGUCAUCCGAAGUUGUCUGAAGUCGUCUGGAGUUAUCCGGAGUAGUCCGGAAUCAUCCUGAGUAGUCCGGAUAAAUCCAGAGUAGUCCGGAGUUAUCCGGAGUAGUCCAGAGUUAUCCGGAGUCGUCUGGAGUUAUCCAGAGUCAUCCAGAGUUAUCCAGAGUCGUCUGGAGUCAUCCGAAGUCGGUCGAAUAUGGAAGGUGCAAUGUUUUUUAUGGUCAGGCAUUUCAUAUCCGACUUCGACUCCUCUUAUUUUCGGUCUCAAACCGCUAUUCUUAGAAAAAAAAGUCCUGGUUAAGAAGUACACGCGCAAAUCGAAAGAGGAAAAAAAACCCAAAAUCAAAUGCCUCCAGCCGUCUUCGGACGACCUCGGACGAAUACGAGCGACUCUAUGGUAACUCCGGGCGACUCAAGACAACUGUGGAUGACUCCAGACAACUCCGGACGACUUCGGACAACUCUAGACAACUCCAACUCCAGGCGAAACCAGUGGUUCCGAUUUUGCCGGUGUCUGAAUCGCACUUACAAUAGCCGGAGUCGGAUCGGAGUCGAGGGUGCGCACCAGAGAGCACACCACUAGUAGGAAACCUAAAAUGCUUAGAUUCCAUCCGUGGAAAAGGCGUGCUUGCACACAAUUUCGAUCGGGGCGUGAUUUACUAACAUGAAAUGUUACAAUGAUGAUAAGUAGGAUAAGAAACGCACAAUAAACUUUGAAAUUCUUUAACUUACCUUUCAA